CUUUCUUAUAAUCAGGCGGAUUAUACAACUUUUACGAAAAUUGUCAAAAUGUUGAGUUUGGUGUGUUUCUUGUAGAUUUUUCGGAUUGAUGUUCUUGACCCUGAGCACCUCGUUUCCUCUUUCAUAAACAUUUUUCGAGCUUUUCAUCUUUUGGUUUUGCUCGCACACCAACUUUCUUUUCAUUUUGCAGGGUAAUUUAUUUAUCAUGUCAAACAAUCUUCAUCCGCUGUAUUCUUGAUCGAGUAAUGAACAAAGAUCUCCAUAUUUCUUACCAAGAAUAGCUUUUUAUACCUCUGGUAACUGGAAGUGGAAGAGAGGUAUUCAAAAACCCUUAUUUCUGAUUCGUCCUAUUCAUUGAUCGUUCGAGCAAUAAAGAUCUCCGAGAACUACCACAUCUACUACACAAGCAUCUUUUUAAAUCUGUGGUAGCUGGAACAGAGGUAUCUAUUCGCAUUCUUCAAAAACCCUUUCUGACCGCCCGUAGGAGAUUUUUUUCAACAUUCUUCCCAUGUAUUUUUGCCGUAGAUAUUGUUUCGCCAAAUAGGAAUAGCAGGUCAUAAUAAAUCGCGUCUCCUCGCCCUGCGGUCGUUUAUUUCCUUGCACAAGAAAUACAGCAAGGACCACCGUUUAUAGUUAAAUUUUUGUCGCACGACCUUCAUCUUCAUCUUUAUCCCACCGCCCAACACAGCGCAGACUUUGUGUAGUCUGACAGCUGGGACCAGCACAACGUCGUGACAAUAUGGCCGUUCCCUGCGAUGUGCAGGAACUUCCGGUCGGUCAGUCCGCGAACUCCAACGACAAUGCGAAGUACGUGCAGGGUCUCAUCGACCAAGCGCUCGGGUCGAAACAGGACGGAAAUGACAGCUUCAAGGCGGGGGAUUACAAAAAGGCCACCACCCACUAUACCAACGCGAUAGACCACUUUGAGGACGUAAUCGAGUGCCAUUCGACAAUAGAAGAAAAGGGCGUAGAGGAGGAGGAGGAAAUAAGUCCGGGAGGAGGGAGCAGCGGAAAUAAUAAAUCUGACGUCGUGUCAGAAUGCAGCACAACAGACGGAACUACAACUGCUGCAGAUCUUCAUGGAGAAGCUGCAACUACUGCAAAUGGAGAACCAGCUACAUCGAAUGACGCCGUUGACCAUGCAGCCGUUGCUGCAGCAGUAGCCAAUGCGACAACGGGCGCCAACACGAACGGCGUCGCGCCGAUGGAGGGCGUGGUGUCGACAAAACCGAAGACGACCGUGACGGAAAUAAGAAACGUGGAUAACGAAACAUCGCGGAAGGUCGCCCGGGAUAUGGCCAUAUGUUACUCCAAUCGCGCGUUCUGUCACAUAAAAAUGGAAAAUUUCGGGUCCGCAAUUAUCGACGCGGAACGGGCGGUGGAGGUAUAAUUACCAGUUUUUUGUCCUCUCAUAACAAGCACAUGCACGACAUGAGGGAUUUGAAAGCCAAACAAAAAUGGCGCUUGAGUACACGAUACAAAUUUAAGUCGUAGGUACGCUUCUUGAUGCUAUGCGGUAUGAUAUGAAACGCAACCGCCGUAUUAUCAGGUCGACCCGGCCUACAGUAAAUCCUAUUACCGUCUCGGGUGUGCGCGAUUUGCGUUGCUGAAAUACAAGGACGCAAUGAAAGCCUUCAAAUCUCUGGUCCGACUUGCCCCGGCCGACAAGGACGCAAAACUGAAACUGAAGGAGUGCGAAAAGGCGGUUCAGCAGCAGAAAUUCGCGGCAGCGAUAGCAACGGAGGGCACUGCGCCAAUAAGCGAACUCUGCGAGAAAUUCGUGCAAAGUAUUUUUUACAUUAGAGCUAUUGCUCGAUUUUUGCUACAUCUCAGUUGGUUGCGAGUAGCUACCCUGAAUGAUAAAUUUUACCGUUUCGUCUUCUGAUAAGUAAGUACACGAUGUGAAUGUAAUCGUGCGCUUCUACGCACACCCUCACCCAAAAAUUUCUACCUUCAGACCUCGAGAUCGAGGAUACCUACAAGGGGCCCAUCUACCUAUGCAUUGCAAAUAUGUCUGGGUCUGGAGAGUUGUGAUGCAAGUCAGUGAACAGCAAGUGCACUGUAAUGCGCCGCCAAGCAUGACAAGUAUUAUCGUGCUUCUGUGCUGCGUAUUACGCAUGAGAAACUGCGUUUUUGCAUGACAGACAAGAGGGGCUGCUUGUGGCCAGGCAAUACAGAUCGCAGAGUCAUGUCGGACUAGCAUGACAAUCUUCCAGACCCAAACAUAUUUGCAUUUGAUACUACCCGGGCAAGGACCAAAUUACCUCCGACUGGGUCGUAACGUUCCUGGAUUACAUGAAGGAACAGAAGGUGAUCCACAAAAAAUCCGCCUACCAAAUGGUCCUGGACGUGCUGAAAUUACUAAAAACGCACACGACCGUGCAGAAACUGGAAGCGGAAGACGAGUUCACGGUGUGUGGGGAUGUGCACGGGCAGUAUUAUGAUCUGCUGAACAUCUUCUCCCUGAACGGAUUCCCGUCAGAAACCAACCCGUACCUCUUCAACGGUGACUUCGUGGAUCGAGGGUCCUUUUCGAUAGAAGUCAUACUCGCCCUCUUCGCCUGGAAACUGUGCUACCCGGAUAAGGUAAAAGAGAUUUGUGCGUAGCAGCUGUUUUUUUUUGCAAUUGUGCAUUACAAAUCUUUUUCCUAAAAUCAGCAUUACAGAUUCCAUUUCUCGUCAUGAUGAGGAAAUUUGCAAUGCAAUUCAUACUAAUAUUGCGAUGUGUAUUAUCACAGGUUCACCUGGCCCGCGGCAACCACGAGACGCGGAACAUGAACAAGCUGUACGGGUUUGAGGGGGAAACCAGAAACAAAUUUGACGUGCAGCUCUACAACCUGUUCUGCGAGACGUUUUGCUACUUGCCGCUCUGCCACGUCCUGAACAAGGAAAUCUUCAUCGUUCAUGGCGGCUUGUUCUCCGCAGACAACGUCACUAUCGAAGAUCUGGAGAAAGAGGACAGGUAUAAGAAUACUCUCUGAAGGUGAAGACUAUGCUGUUGCUGACGAGGACUUAAGGUGUGCGCAUGGUAGUAGCCACGAAUUUGAAUCGUAGACAACCAUCGUCACAGGUUCUGCAUCUUCAUCUUCAAAGUAGUUACUUGUAACCGCACGCGCUUAUGGUUAUGAUCCUGAUAUAUAAUAAAUUCCGCAUGUAGUCGACAAAACGCUUUUCUAUAUCAGAAUCGGCGAGCCCCCAGACAGUGGCAGAAUAGUGGAAAUGCUCUGGUCGGAUCCCGGCCCGCUUCCCGGUAGAUAUCCCAGUAAACGCGGGGUAGGAGUGGCAUUCGGCCACGACGUAACGGACAAUUUUCUGAAGACGAAUGACCUCAGCAUGGUGGUCAGAAGUCACGAAAUGAAGGAUGAGGGGUAUAUAGAUAAGAAAUUUAAGAUGUUGACUUUUAAUGCCUCAUGUUGUCGCACAAAGAAAAUGGAUGCAUAACUGUUUUUUUUUAUUGGGAAAUAAACAAAUGCAACCCCAGGUACGAGCUCGAGCACAACGGAAAGCUGUGCACCAUCUUUUCCGCGCCGAACUACUGCGACCAAAUGAAAAACAAGGGCGCGUUUAUCCGGUACAAGGUGGGGAAGGAAAACAGGUCGAAGUGGAUCGAGAAGGAGACGGAGCAAGUCAAGAAAUCAAACGAGUACUUGCGGGAUUUGAGCUACAAAGUCGUCUCCUUCGAUAUAGCGUUCUCAAACGUUACAUUCUCAACUGUUACAUGAAAUUUGUAAUGCAAGAAUGGCAAAAGUGAAAGGGAAACGCUGCGCCUUUUGCAUGACAGGUUUGGAGCAGAUUGUAAUACUAUCUAGCGCGUCGAGAAGUUGUCAUGCGGAAAAGGCUGGACAGUGUUCAGAGUAGUAGCGUUUUUGCAUGACAAAUAUAUGUAACAGUUGAGAAUGUAACAGUUGAGAGCGCCAUAUUCGAACACGUCCCUCAUCCGGAGGUCCGGGCCAUGCGGUUCGCAAACCCGAUGCUGGGAAGCAUGAUGGGAAUGUGAUAAGCAGCAGCAGCAAUAUAUGAUCUUCGUCUAAAAUAAGUAGAGUAGAAAUUAUGUCCUCGACCACACGCACACGACUAGAAUUAUUCAAAUUUAUUCAAGUAAACGUGAUACAACGAACGACUUUUUCUCGGGCGGGACUCGAAUCUGAAUGGCAUUCUCCCGCUGAUGCAAAACCUAAACCGCUCCUUGGAGACGAUGACUUGAAGUUGUUCUUGAAGCGAUUGUUCAUAUACUUCGUUUCAAAACAACGCAGCUCUUUGGGCGGUCUUACAAGCAGAAAUGAGCAUGCGUGCAGCAUGCUUACUAUUUCAAUUUCAUACAUUGAUUGAAGGACGCUGAGCCUUAGCCUUUUUUGGUCAUCGAGUAAUGUAGAGCGGGUUUCAUCAAAGCAGUUUGCCUAUCUUACUACACAGCAUCGCAAGCUACUGCUUGGUGAACCUCCACUGUUUUGGGAAUCCUUUACGAGUGCGACCAAAUAAGCUGAAUUCAGAUCGACAUAGCUAGCAUAUCUACCUCCUUGAAGAUGGUUCUCAGUACUUACAACCCUUCUUUUAGGCUAGAAAUCUAGAAGCGCCCGCCUUUUUUCUCUUCUUUACAUUGACGUAUUUUUUGCCCCAUCAACAUCAUCUAGUAGUAGUACUUGGGAAAAGUUAGGAUACUAGCCUUAGUCGCUGACAAGGUAAGAAGAUCCUCGGCUUUCCUUCGCCUCAACGAAAAAUUCUAUCUAAUUCCUUAGAUUUAUACCUUUUGCAGCACAAGCUGCUGUACUAGAGCCCUUUUUUCCUCCACUCCAGAAGACAAGAGAGAAGCAACCGCACGUCUGGUGAUUUUUCCGGUAGUUCAUCUGGCAUGGAAGAACCUACCAAGCAAGAACCUUUUUUUUCCACAAAACCACCUUGGAACUGCAGCAGGUUUAACCUACUUCUACCUAGUUAUGUCUUUCUCAUACAUUUGCAGUUCAUUUUCUAGCAUCAGUAGAAGUUUAGCCAGGUUUUUUGUUAUCGCGAGACUUUUCUUAAGAAGCGCGUCCGCGUAUGGUAAACGUCUCUUGUUGAGGAUAUUUGAGCCUGGUACUUGCGCUAGAAUAUAGCUGGCUUGACUUUUGGAAGGAGCUGCUAUCCUGCGAUAUGCUACGGCUUGGAAGGAAUAAAAGGGAAACGAAAAUACAACUGACGUCGGCUUGCAAGAAACCCAAUCCAUUUUGACAUCACCAAGUAGUAAGCUCUAGCUCUGAAUAGUGCUUUGGUAUACUUAGCACCACAAACUACAUCAACAAGCCUACUUACAGGCUAUCAUGCUACAUUUCAUUCAAUGAUUCAUACGAUACGAAAAAAUGAUCCGAGCAAAGCUGCUCGCGAUAAUUUCAGGGGUUUUUUUUACUUAAUCUUUACGACGGACAAACAGGAACAGCACCAGUAGUCGCUAGCAAAAUUUUCAGCGCAUAAUUUUCAGCUGAGCCAGGACGUGGCAGAGUGGUACAACUUCAUGCGAUGCAUAAUACGGAUACGUACGACGACAAGAACAUAAUAAGUCGGAUUCUUGGGGGCUUUCGAAACCUGAUUUGUCCACGGCUUACAAAUGACGCGGUCGAAAGAUAUGCGAGCAAGUGUUCCUAGCCGGUACUAGGAAGAGCAACACCGGAUAAUUUCAAUUUGUAUACGAUUUACAUACAAAUUUCAAAGGAUAGGACACCGGAAAUACCGAAUCGAGUAGUUCCUGUAAAUCUCGACCGUGUUGAACUUUUAAAAAUGAACCAUGUGAUCAUGCGAAACAGCGACAGAAUUGUGAACAAUAUCACGACGUCGAGUACAAAGGUACGCAAGAUUAUAAACAACGCGAUCAAUUAAGUAAGUAAGCCACCUAGAAGCCGGGGUGUGUGAUCAUUCGG